CUGCGGGACUACAUUCUCUAACGCACAUGGUUUUUGACGCCCUUGGUAUCUGUGCAAGUAUUUCUCUUUGUGGAUCUUUAAGUGUUGUACAAAAUCCUAUUGAAAAGACGCAUUUGAAAUUUUUACAAACUUCCUUUUAAUUUAGCAAAAUGUAUUAUCUUACAUCUGUUCUUCGCCCUUUACUUUCACGUCGUAUUGCAUUAAACAUCAGAAGAAAUUAUGCUAAAGAUAUUAAGUUCGGUCCAGAUGUACGAGCCUUGAUGUUACAAGGUGUAGAUGUACUUGCAGAUGCUGUUGCUGUAACCAUGGGACCUAAGGGCCGAAAUGUUAUAAUUGAACAGUCUUGGGGCUCUCCAAAAAUAACAAAAGAUGGUGUAACUGUUGCUAAAGCUAUUGAACUUAAAGAUAAAUUCCAAAAUAUUGGGGCCAAACUAGUCCAAGAUGUUGCAAAUAAUACUAAUGAAGAAGCUGGUGAUGGUACGACAACAGCAACAGUGUUAGCCAGAGCCAUAGCAAAAGAAGGUUUUGAAAAAAUCAGCAAGGGAGCAAAUCCAAUUGAAUUCAGAAAAGGUGUAAUGUUGGCUGUGGAAAAAGUUGUUGAAGAGUUAAAGAAAAAUUCUAAACCUGUCACAACACCAGAAGAGAUUGCUCAGGUUGCUACUAUAUCAGCUAAUGGUGAUAAAGAAAUUGGAGAACUUAUUUCAAGUGCAAUGAAAAAAGUUGGAAAUGACGGUGUAAUAACUGUUAAAGAUGGAAAAACAUUAAAUGAUGAAUUGGAAGUUAUAGAAGGAAUGAAAUUUGAUCGAGGAUAUAUAUCACCAUAUUUUAUAAAUACAUCUAAAGGUGCAAAAAUAGAAUAUCAAGAUGCUUUAGUUUUAUUUAGUGAAAAGAAAAUAUCUAGUGUACAGUCUAUAAUACCUGCCUUGGAGUUAGCUAAUUCAAAAAGAAAACCCCUUAUAAUUGUUGCUGAAGAUGUUGAUGGUGAAGCUCUAAGUACCAUGGUAUUAAACAGGUUAAAAGUUGGUCUUCAAGUAGCUGCUGUUAAAGCACCAGGCUUUGGAGACAACAGAAAAAACACACUUCAUGACAUGGCUAUUUCAACAGGAGGAAUAGUUUUUGGCGAUGAUGCAGAUUUAGUGAAGCUAGAAGAUGUGCAGCCAAGUGAUCUAGGAGAGGUUUCUGAAGUUGUCAUAACUAAAGAUGAUACUCUCUUACUUAAGGGAAAAGGAAACAAGCAAGAUAUUGAUAGACGAAUUAAUCAGAUUAAAGAUGAGAUGGAAUUAACUACUUCACAAUACGAAAAGGAAAAACUGCAAGAAAGACUUGCGAGGUUGUCAAAUGGUGUAGCCCUCUUAAAGGUUGGAGGAUCAAGUGAAAUUGAGGUAAAUGAGAAGAAAGAUAGGGUAAACGAUGCAUUAAAUGCUACUCGUGCAGCUGUUGAAGAAGGAAUUGUAGCAGGGGGUGGAACUGCUCUGUUACGAUGCCUUCCUGCUCUUGAUAAGAUCAAAUAUGAAAAUGAGGAUCAAAAAAUAGGAAUUGAUAUUGUUAGAAAAUCUUUAAAGAUGCCAUGCACUCAAAUAGCUAUGAAUGCUGGUGUUGAUGCUGCCGUUGUUACACAGAAAGUCUUGGAUAACAAUGGCGAUUUCGGGUAUGAUGCAAUGAAAGGGGAUUAUGUCAAUAUGAUUGAAUCUGGCAUUAUUGACCCUACAAAAGUUGUACGAACAGCUCUCAUGGAUGCUGCUGGUGUUGCAUCUUUAUUAACUACUGCAGAAUCUGUUAUCGUAGAAUUACCGAAAGAAGAGAAAAUGCCCAUGGGUGGUGGCAUGGGUGGAAUGGGAGGUAUGGGUGGAUAUGAUAUGUAAAUCAAAACCUAUUUUCACUAAUUCACCCAUAAGACAUUUAGUAGUAGAGAACUUGGAUUACACAGUUUCAUCUGCUGAUCACAUUUGAUAAAUAAGAAAUGCAUUUGAAUUCAUACCAUUCCGACAACUGUGUUUAGUGUACCAUCCAUUUUAUCAGUUCAUUGUAGAGUUAUGUAUAAUAAACAAAUUUUGUUACA